AAGAAGCGCGGAGAUUUGAAAACAAAAAUGGCGGAGUUCCGAAGGGUUCUGCAGCGCUGUGACCCGGUUCUGGUGGAGCCCUGCGGGGAGUCCGGACCUGACUGCGCAGAAGCAGCUGCGCGGGUUCUGUUCCUCACGGAGAGUCGACGUGUGCAGAAGGUUCUGUGGCGUCAGCUGUUUGUUCUGGACUCCAUUACCUCCUUAGUGGAAGGCCUGGAAUCUGCCCGGCAACUCUUGACGCGGCCCUGCCCCCCUCAGCCAGACGGCGGCGCUCGCAGCCGGUGGAAGGCUCUGAAGACGGAGAACAUCUCAGGAACGGAGGAGACGGAGAACCUGCUGAGGUCCCUGCAGGACCGGCUGCAGCAGGUCCACAGCAGGAGACACAGACUCACUCAGCUGCUGCAGCAGCUGCAGACCAAGCGGCGGCAGCAGGAGCAGCUCGCCGAGUCGCUGCUGAAGGUCCAGAAUGCUUUGCGGUCAUGCGAUCGCCAGCUGAAGCAGUUGCGGGCGGAGUCAGAGGCGGCGCUCGGUCAGCGGAGAGCGUGGCAGCGGCGUCGAGACACGCUCCAGGAACACAUUGUGGCCCUGCAGACGGUGGUGCUGGUCAGACUUAUCUCGUUGGACCAAUCAGAGCUGUCUGUAGAGAUCAGGCCGCGCUGCUCCUCUGGUCCCUCGUCCAAUCAGCUCGAGCCGCUGAGGCUGAGGGUCACAUGGUGCUCUGACGACAAGUUCACCCUGCAGGUGGCGAAGGAGACGCUGAGCCUGAUGGAGGACUGCAGUUCUGGCAGGUGGAGCCAGCUGAACGCUGCCCUGCUGGACGUCAUCCAGAGCUACGUGGGUCAGGCUGAGCUGCUGUGUGAGAUCCAGUUCCUCAGAUCCAGCUUCGCCAUCGACUGGUGCCCUGCGCAGCGCCGGCUGGUCUACCUGAAGUCUGCGUCGCUGGUGUGUCACCUGGAGGUGGAGGAGGGCUACCCGCGCGGCGGCAGAGCUCUGCUGCGCUCGGUGCAGCGGGACGGCCGACCCGUGGACACGUCGGGACUAAAGCCUCAUCAAGCUGAGCUCUCUCUGACCAACUGGCUGGUUUUCCUCUGCAACAGUCCUCUCAUCUGAAGGCGCUUCCUGCUGUCCUCUUCCUCCUGUCCUCCUCUUCCUCCUUCACCUGAGCAGCAGUCCAUCCGUCACCUGCUGGCGUCUCACCAUUUGUUCUACUUCUGUGUGUUUCUCAUCUCUUUAGUGUGAUUCUAUGUGAUAUUGUACAAUAAAUAGACUAUAAACAAA